CAUUAGUCAGAUCCAUACAAAAAAAUCACAUGAUCUAACCCAAGAUAGUGAGAACCCUUUCGGCUUUCCCACCCAGUGUCAAUACUAUUGAAUACCUUUGAAGUCAUUAUGGAUACAGACACAAAGAAAUUAUUUGACCAAAUAGAUGCAAAUCAAGAAAAGUAUAUCAAGAGACUGUCAGACACAGUUGCUAUCAAAAGUGUAUCAGCAUGGCCUGAAACUAGACCGGAAAUUGUAAAGAUGGUCAAGUGGACUCAAAAGGAAUUAGAAACAUUAGGAGCCAGUACCCAGUUAGAAGAAUUGGGCGACCAGACCAUGCCUGAUGGAUCAAAGUUACCCUUGCCUCCUGUAUUACUUGCCACACUCGGUACAGAUCCAAAAAAGAAGACUUUAUUGGUGUAUGGACAUUUGGAUGUGCAACCAGCACACAAGGAUGAUGGCUGGGAUACAGAACCAUUUGUACUGACAGAAGUGGAUGGGAAAUUAUAUGGUCGUGGUUCCACAGAUGAUAAAGGUCCUGUAUUAGACUGGAUAAACACACUAGAAGCUAUGCAAGAACUAAAGCAGGACAUUCCUAUCAACAUCAAGUUUCUACUGGAAGGUAUGGAAGAAUCUGGAUCAGAAGGUCUAGAUGAUUUGGUCUUUUCCAAGAAAGAUACAUUCUUAAAAGAUGUUGAUUAUGUCUGUAUCUCUGAUAAUUACUGGCUUGGGAAGACAAAACCUUGUAUUACAUAUGGAUUGAGAGGAAUCUGUUACUUCUUUCUUGAAGUGGAAUGUUCUACAAAAGAUUUACAUUCUGGUGUAUUUGGAGGAACAGUACAUGAGGCAAUGACAGAUUUAACAGCUAUAUUAGGAUCAUUAGUGGAUGUGAAUGGGAAAAUACUGAUUCCAGGUAUCUAUGAUACAGUAGCACCUGUCACAGAUGAUGAGAGAAAGUCAUAUGGUCCUAUAGAUUUUGAUUUAGACGAAUACAGAAAAGAUGUUGGUGUGACUAAAUUGAUCCAUGACAACAAACCAGAUGCACUGAUGCACAGAUGGAGAUUCCCUUCAUUGUCCAUUCAUGGAAUUGAAGGAGCUUUUUCUGGAGCAGGAGCAAAGACUGUGAUCCCACGUAAAGUAAUUGGAAAGUUCUCUAUCAGACUGGUACCAGAUCAGUUACCAGAGGAAGUAGAGAAGAAAGUUAAAGCACAUAUUGAUAAUGUUGUCAAAAAGCAAGGAAGUCCAAACAAAGUCAGUCUAUCAAUGGGCCAUGGAGGAAAGCCAUGGGUUAGUGACUUUAACGAUCCUAACUAUGUAGCUGGUAGAAAGGCAAUGAAAACAGUUUUUGGAGUUGAACCUGAUUUAACAAGAGAAGGUGGAAGCAUACCUGUGACCUUGACCUUCCAGGAAGCAACUGGCAAAAAUGUGAUGUUGUUACCAAUUGGUGCCUCAGAUGAUGGAGCCCAUUCUCAAAACGAGAAAAUUGAUAGAAAAAAUUAUAUAAAUGGGGCAAAAGUAUUGGGAGCAUAUAUCAAAGAGUUAGCAAAAUUGUCAUGAACUGUACAUGUGUUGUGUGUGACGUCGCCUGUCUCGGCUAAACAGAAAUAUAAUUGUAUUAUGCAGUGCCAUACCGUUUGACAAUUAAAUUGACUGUAGAAUACAGCAUAGUGCUAGAUUUUAUUUUUUUUAUUUAUAUAAACAGCAAUGGUUGGGUUUUCAGCACAAAUGUCUUUUUGAACAAAUCUGAUAUUUUUAUACUGUUUGAACAAAAUAAAACAUUUCUAUCACUA